AUGGAGUCUGCGACAGCAUCAUCUUUAAUUUUGUUGCUCAUGGUCAGUAUGUCCCAAUCAGCGAGCUGGUGCGACUGCCCAAACACGUAUAACCCUGUAUGCUCAGUAGAUGGAGCCACUUUUCGUAAUACUUGCGAAUUGUUCUGUGAAGGUAAAGUGUUAGCUUACGAUGGUGAAUGUGGUGACACCGUUGUAUACAAUCCUGCUGACCAGUGCACCUGCCCAACUGUGUAUGACCCUAUAUGCGGUAAAGAUGGAGAAACGUACAUUAACGCAUGUUUUGCAUCGUGUUCAGGUGUGAAGUUAGAUUACCAAGGAGAGUGCAGUGAAGUGACAACUAGGAAGAAGCACUGCCAAUGUCCUAAUGUCUACCGGCCCGUGUGUGGUGUCAAUAGGAUUACGUACACCAAUACUUGUUAUUUGGCGUGCGAUGGAGCUCAGAUAGAUUACAACGGGGCGUGCAACAUCACCGAUGCCAGCCAAAUUCUCAGUCAAUGUUCGUGUUCAAAUAAUUACGACCCCGCAUGUGGUGUCGACGGAAAUACUUAUACCAACGUGUGCACAGCCGCGUGCGCAGGCGUGCAGGUGGAGUACAUGGGAGAGUGCAAAUCUGCAAAAUAUAAUGAUAGGUGUUAUUGUUCAACAAUUUAUCAACCAGUUUGUGGCCAGGACGGUGUGACCUAUGAAAAUAAUUGUAUGUGA